CUUUUCUCCAACACGGCCGCUGUAAUGAGAACGCUUGACAUGGGAAACUGGGGGCUCCGGAAAAACUCAAAUGAGGUCUCUUUCUCUGACGCCCCCAUCGGCAUCAACAACGUCAUCAACAAACAUGGCGCGUGAAGCAGCCAACUUCCUCCGUGCAGCCAAGGAAAGUUUGUGUAGCUACGACGCCGAGCUGUUGCGGUGCUGCGGAGAGGACCCGAUCCUGAACGCUAUCGAGGAAAAGGGUGACAUGCCGGAGAAAACGUUAAUAAUCGACACCGACGUGGGUGUGGACGACGCCCUGGCCAUCCUCUUGGCGCUCGCCAAUCCCGCCAAGUGCAAAGUCCUCGCGAUCACUUGCGUGGCCGGCAACGUGGAGCUCUCCAAGGUGUACACAAACGUCCUUCGUAUUCUCAACCAUCGCAAGCAACUCCAGAUUCCAGUUUAUCAGGGCUGCAACCGGCCACUGGUUCAGAAGACCAUGCACUGCACUGUGUUCCACGGACAAGACGGCCUUGGUGGUGCCUCGGAUAAGUGGCUCCUGCCAACCGAUGACCUGGAUACCCCCUUGGAACAUGCUUCAGUUGCCAUGGUCGACAUGGUGCAAAAGCACCCUGGUGCUUUGACACUCGUGGCCCUGGGUCCCCUCACCAACGUGGCUCUCGCACAGCGGCUCGACCCCACAUUCCUCAGCAACCUUAAGGAGUUGGUCAUCAUGGGUGGGACAUUCGAAGGUCGAGGAAAUGAGACGCCCACGGGAGAGUUCAACUUCACUUUUGACCCUGAGGCUGCCAGUGUGGUUCUGAGCGAGGCAGAGUGCAAGACGAGGAUCGUGACUUACGAACCUUGCCAGGACCACGUAUUGGACUGGGACUGGUUCGAAAACUGGGUGGGCGGACCAUCGACGACGGCGCAGCUAGUGCGUGCCAUGACUGAGCACCCGGCUCAGCGGCAGCGGGAGGUGCUCCAGCGGCAAGGGUUUAUGUCGUGUGACCUCAUCACCAUGGCAUCGGUGCUCGAACCUUCGCUCGUGACCCAAAGCGAACGCCACCCCGCUUGGGUGGAGCUUCACGGAGCCACAACACGUGGAAUGCUCGUUGUCGACAGGAGGCCUAGCAUAAAGUGGCACCAUGGAAAGCCUCCUCACGUGGAAUUCCUGCUCCGCUUCAACAUAGACGGCUUCAAGAACUUGAUCGCUGAAAUGCUAGACUGAAGGAGAUGCUGCCGACACUGCCACUGCACAACAAGGUCCACUAAAAUGAGCUUACAAGAUCACACGCAGCCAACUCAACGUGUGCUCUGAACGCGUCACUCUGCAAAUGUUUCAGCUGCCACCACUUGCUGAGACACACUUCCAUUUGCGGUGUUGUUAAUCACUUCACACGGGGAAUUAACAUUGUUAGCACUAAUGCCAUUGUAUUUUUUGUCAGUCUUUUUUUGUUCUUUUUUAUAUAUUGUGCUAACCUUGGUGCCACCAAUUUGUGUGGAAGUACAGUCUGCCGAAAGUAUAGCAGGCAGAAACGUGGUACUACUUGAAAGUCACAUUGUUGGCAGGGUUCCUUGCCAAGAUCCUAUAUCAUAGUCAUACAAUGAGUACAAAACAAUUUGCUCUUGACACCCAGGGACGACAAUUUUUUUUUCCUUUUCCUUCAGCCUUUUAUUGUCGCAGCAUUAUAUCUAGUGUGUACACUGUUUUGGUGCCAUAUUGAUUCCGAAUAUUGUCGUGCAGUCUACAGCUCCUCUCAAGAGAAUAAAGUUCUCGCUAUGCAAAGUUUUGGUAGCUAAUGAGUUAAUGUAUCGAUAACCUCAUGUAAGAAAGAAGGAUUAGCUUAUGUUCUGAAGUGAGCGUGCAAACUGUAUGAAACUACAAUGACUAUUGUGGCACUGCUGGUACUACUAUGUUAAUUUACUACUUAAUGUACUAUCCUACGGCUAGUUUAUUAAUGUGGUAAUAUAUACGAUGCCGCUAAUAACAGGAAAAAACAUUGGUUUGUUGGUAAUAUCAAGUUAAAAACCUUUCAGCUUACACAAGGGGAGAAAAAAAAAUCAAAAGGCUGAAAACUAAAGGCAGUCUGUAACAUUCCAAUACAGUUGCACCGACAUAUGCUGGCAAGCUGCAAUGAUAUGUCACGAUUUACGCACAACGUGUUAGUAUGUACAAGAAACACAGGUUUCUUUUUUUCCUCUUUUUUUUUAACAUGCUAACUGCACAGUGAAAGCUUCGUAGGUUAUCACGUGGUUCAGUUUAAUUAAAAAAAAAAGGAUAGAGAGUAGACCAACUUUUGGACCUGCAAGAUGAGCCCUUCUUAUGGUUUUGCUAAUCUCCUUCAUAUAAUUAACAGUGUGGCAUUGCAUACCAAAAUUAAUGUAUAAAUAAUUUGGCAUGCUACAAUGCUAGAUGGCAAUACAAUCGGCGAUAAACAGGCAUUCCUCAAAUGCUUGUAUGCAAACCAGAAUACCAUGCAUGCUAAAAAUGCCCAGUGGUGGUAGUACAGUAAGAGGCCGUCUGGAUAAUGUUAUACCCACUUUAAUGUUAUUCUUAUUUACACUUCCUCAGCCAUCUUCCAAUGUUGUCACCCUAAUCGGUUUGUCACAAGUGGUGAUCAGAGAAUAGAACCAUGCAAAAGGAAUCCCUGCUUUAUGCCAGCUCCGCUGCAUAUAAGCUUGGUUUAACACACGUGGCUGAUUUACUCCGAUCUCUAUCCUGUUCUUUGUCAUUCAGUUGUUUUAAGUGUCAACGUUGAAGCAUUCCUCUGGGGCAGUUGAGUACAGUUUUUGGUGUUCCAGUUCAGGGGAGACCUGGUGUCAUGUGUCAUCGGUAUGUUUUGGAUAGGCAGGGUACAUUCAGAGCUGCAGUUGAUGUGAACAGUCAUAAGCAGAUUGUUCGUGCACUCUGCAAAUGUUCAAAGCAAGCAGCUGACGUGCUUGGGAAUGCAGAAAGUAUUACGCUGCGAAUGAUGUCCGAUUGCACUUCUGGUGAAAACAGCACAGUUUUUUGUAGGAUUCACAUUGCUAAGUCAUACUGAUUUUUGGUGUGUAACAUUUUAAGCAAUAUUGAGGACUGCAAUUAGCAGUGCCACAAGUGGAGAUGAACUGAGGUGAUGUCUGUAAAUGCAAGUGACAGCUGCACUGACUGUGCGUUUGGUUUUGGUGAUAAUGGGUUUCGCAGAUGAGCACUUGUUACAACUGUUUAAGACAUAGCUCGUCAAUAAUAAAUGGUGUUGCUGAGCGAUAUAC